GAUUCCAGAACCCAUGCCGCUGUUUUAAGACUAAUUCCUUCAUCUUCUCUUUGUUGUCUUUCUCCAACGAGUAGAGAGAGAGAGAGAGAGAGAGAGAUGGGAUUUACAUCGUUCGCAGGCAGAGUUCUCUUCGCUUCCGUUUUCAUACUCUCAGCAUGGCAAGAGUUUAAUGAAUUCGGGGUUGAUGGUGGGCCUGCAGCUAAGGCUUUCAAACCCAAGUUUGAUGUUUUUACGCAUCAUGUUAACUCCUGCCUUGGUGUGCAUGUGCCUGAAAUUGAAAUUAAACAUAUUGUUGGGGCUGGUAUAGCGCUGAAGGGUAUUGGAGGCAUUCUAUUUAUCUUUGGCAGCUCUCUUGCAGCAUAUCUCUUGGUUCUGUAUUUGGCAAUCUCUACUCCCAUUUUGUGUGAUUUCUACAACUAUGACAUCGAGAAAACAGAAUUUCUUCAACUUUUCCUCAAGUUUACACAGAGUUUGGCACUUUUUGGGGCGUUGCUCUUCUUCCUUGGGAUGAAGAACUCGAUUCCUAGGAGACAACUGAAGAAGAAGACAGCGCCCAAGACAAAGACAAUCUAGAUGUUAGGGUCCACGUUCUGCAUCUGUUUAUGCUAGCUGGUGGGGUCCAUUUAUUGGAUGGUCCUGGGCUUUCACGGUGUCAAUCAGCAGCGGUGAAGUUCUCUUAGCCUCGUUUCUUGCAUACAUGUAUGGAUGGAUAUUUCCGGGGGAUGCCUUUUCACUAAUGUAGUUUCAUCUCAUACCCCAUUUCUCUAUACAACUUCAGAUUUAGGACGGAGGUGUCCCAACCGGAAUUGUUAUUACUGUUUCCUAAAAUCCAUCUCUGAGCCCUGCUACAGCAAGUCCUACUCUGUCCAUGCAUGCCAGUGUGUGCAGUGUAUGUGCUGUAGCCUGAAAGUAAAAUCAGGUGGGCCACACCUCAUGCAAGUAACUGUAUUUGGGAUUUCUCCUUCGAAGCUCAGUUUAUCAUUAUAUCCUUUCAUGCUCA